UUUAGACUUCAAAACAAAAAUAAUCGUCGUGUUAUGAAGUACAUUUUACAUUUUUACUCGCUUUUUGUGUGAAAUCAAGUCAUGAGUUACGAGAAAUACAACUUUAGGUUAGAGUCAAAGGCUUUUGCGGGCAAUUUUUUGGAAAUAAGUUACGAAUUUCCAUCAGAAGGACCCUUGUUAAAGGCUUUUAGAGAUGGCAAAAUUGUGCAAGAAAUUCAAGUUUUUGCCGACUUUGGGGAGAAUGUUGAACAAAAAAUGACGAAAAAUGGUUUUGAUUUGUACAGCGGGCCAUCGAAAAUUAGUUUUUCCAUCACGUUGGAUGUUCCUGAGUUCAUUGAAUUCGAAGUUCAUCGAAAAUUAAAGCAAAAAACGACGGGAAAAGAUGUCGUUAAGCUCUCUGGAUCUCAUUGGUAUGGCGGGCCUGAGCAAAUUCAUCAACAAUAUUAUCCAAUUGAGGGUCAGAAGUUCACAAAUUACAGUUACAUCCCAAAAAGUGAUGAUUUUAUGGCGAUUUGUGAACGUUAUUGGCUUAAUUCAAAAGGUUCUUAUGUUUAUGUGAGCUUCGAAACGCCUCUUUUCAUCGAGCAGCAUCCUUAUUGGGAGUUACAUCUCGUUGCGAAACAAGAAUUACCAUAUAACAUCGAUGGAAAAGACGAAUUUUUCGAGUCUCGAUACUUUUUGGGUGUCGGAAAGAACUUGAAAGAAGCUCAUAUGAAGGCAAUUGAGCAACAUUUGAAGAAACCCGAAGGAAUUCCUGACGAAAGAAUGGCUCAUUAUCCGAUUUGGUCGACUUGGGCUCGUUAUAAGAAGGAUAUCGAUGAAGAAAAAGUCGAAAAAUUCGCUGAUGAAAUAAUUUCUCAUGGAUUUAAGAAUUCUCAGCUCGAAAUUGACGACGAUUGGGAGGAAUGUUAUGGAUCUUUGACGAUAAAUCGAAAGAAAUUCCCCGAUAUGAAAGGUUUAGUUGCUCGUUUAGCAUCAAAAGGCUUCCGAACAACGCUUUGGGUUCAUCCAUUCAUCAACAAAAACAGCAAUAAAUGGUACGUCGAAGCAAUUUCAAAGAAAUAUGUCGUUUUUGAUCACGAAGGACAUCCGAACACGACUUGGUGGAAUAGCGGGAACGGCGAAUCAUCUUAUAUUGACUUCACAAAGCCCUCAGCAAUUGAAUGGUUUGUCUCUCGUUUGCAUAAAUUGAAGUCUGAGAACGGAUUUGAGAGUUUCAAGUUCGAUUCAGGCGAAUCUUCAUGGCCUCCUGCUAAUCCCGUGUUAGAAGGAGAUCGAAAAUUGCAUCCUGGGAUCAUGACACGAAACUUUUGUCGCGAAAUGUCGCAAUUUGGAGCUGCUUUGGAGAUCCGUACAGGAUGGGGGACGCAAAAUUUGCCACAUUUUGUACGAAUGAUGGAUAAAAAUUCAAAUUUUGACUUGGAACAGAAUGGAUUGCCGUCGCUCGUGACAACAUUGUUAACUUUUAACUUGAACGGAUAUCCGUUUGUUCUUCCCGACAUGAUUGGAGGCAACGGAUACAAUGGAAAACCUUCGAAAGAGCUCUUCAUCCGAUGGUUGGAAGCAAAUAUUUUCAUGCCAGCGAUGCAAUUUUCGUAUGUUCCAUGGGAUUACGAUGAAGAAACUGUUGAAAUUGCCAAAAAAUUACUUGAAUUAAGGGAAAAUGUCGUCAUGCCUGUGCUGAUGAAAGCGAUGAAACGAGCUGUGGAAGAUGGAAGUCCCGUAAAUGCUCCGAUUUGGUAUAUUGAUCCUGAAGAUACAGCAACUCAUGAUGUUGGAAACGAAUUUUUGGUUGGAGAAGAAAUUCUUGUUGCUCCGAUUUUGCUUCAAAAUGUCGUUUCUCGUGAUAUUUAUCUCCCAAAAGGACAUUGGAAGGAUGGAAAUGGCAAAAUUCAUGAAGGUAGUCAAUGGAUUCGUAACUUUGAAGCUCCGUUGGGGACAAUUCCGUACUUUAUCUUACAAAAUAUUGCUGAAAAUGAGUUGAAAUGAAGUUAAUUUGAAUAAAAAUUUGUGAAAAUUCUUACA